AUGGAGGCGGCGCCACUUCUGGGUGACAGCAGCAGCGGAGGAGACUAUGCUCCGGCGAGGAACUUUGAGCAGUUCAAGCGUAUCGUGUGGAGUGAGACGGUGAAGACUUGGACCAUCUCCGGUCCGGUCAUUUUUCAGAUCGUUUGUCAAUAUGGAACCAACUCUGUUACCAAUAUCUUUGUGGGUCAACUCGGGGAGCUUGAGCUCUCUGGCGUUUCCAUUGCCAUCUCUGUUAUUGCCACUUUCGCUUUCGGUUUCAUGUUUGGAAUGGGAAGUGCAACAGAGACACUGUGCGGCCAAGCAUUUGGGGCUGGACAAAUCCACAUGCUGGGUGUGUAUAUGCAGAGAUCAUGGGUCAUUAUGUUCGUAUGUGCCUUAAUAAUCACACCAGUCUAUGUCUUUGCCACUCCCAUUUUGAAGCUUUUGGGGCAACAAGAUGAUGUCGCAGAACUGGCUGGGAAUUUCUCUCUGCUCAUACUCCCACAGUUGUUCUCCUUUGUGUUGGCUUUUCCAACCCAAAAGUUUCUGCAGGCACAGAGCAAAGUGUGGGCGUUGGCCUGGAUUGGCUUUGGGGCUCUUCUGGCUCAUGUUUUCAUGUUGUGGCUGUUCAUUUUUGAGUUCGGUUGGAGCACCACUGGGGCUGGUCUGGCUUUGAACAUCUCUGGGUGGGGGCUUUCCAUUGCCCAAGUAAUUUAUGUGAUGGGUUGGUGUAGAGAUGCUUGGCAGGGAUUCUCUUGGUUGGCUUUUAAGGAUUUGUGGGGAUUUGUUAAGCUCUCGUUUUCCUCUGCUAUUAUGUUCUGCUUGGAGAUUUGGUACAUGAGUAGCAUCAUUGUUCUUGCUGGCCACCUUCCAAAUGCUGUCAUUUCUGUUGAUUCACUUUCGAUUUGCAUGAACUUGAACGGAUGGGAAAAUAUCAUUUUCAUUGGAAUCAAUGUCGCCAUGAGUGUUAGGGUCUCUAAUGAACUUGGAAAAGCACGGCCUCGAGCUGCGAAGUACUCUGUUUAUGUGACAAUCGCAGAAUCUCUUAUUCUGGGGCUCCUUUUUAUGGUGCUGAUAUUCUUUGUAAAGGAUCAUUUUGCUGUCAUCUUUACAAGCAGUGUAGCUGUGCAGAAAUAUGUUGCCAAAUUAGCCUAUCUUCUUGGCAUAACCAUGGUUCUCAACAGUGUCCAACCAGUCAUAUCAGGUGUGGCCAUUGGAGCUGGAUGGCAGGCAUUGGUGGCUUACAUAAACUUAGGCUGCUACUACAUUUUUGGUCUCCCUCUUGGGAUUGUCUUAGGUUACGUAGCAAAGUUUGGAGUGAAGGGGCUUUGGGGCGGAAUGAUAGCCGGGAUAGCAAUGCAGACGAUUCUGCUGCUGCUUGUUCUGUACAAAACCAACUGGAAUAAAGAGGUGGAGGAAACUUCAGGAAGGAUGCAGAAAUGGACUGGACAGGACAUUGGAACAGAGAGGAGAGCAGAAAGCUAAAAGAAGUGUCAUUGGGAUGUCUCCAUCCCCAACCGCUGCAACCUUUGUCUUUCUUUCUUUUUUCUGUAUUUUUGGCUGAGGACUUUUCAUUUCGUUUUUAAGUUGAGGGGUUGUAAUAAACUCGGCCGUUUCUGAUCUUGACACAAAUAAUAUGGAUUAGGUUGGAAUGUUUA